CGUCACCCAUCAGUUGAAUGAACCGCCAAAGAAACUCAAAAGCAGCGGAAGUGAAGAGACAGACAGCAACAGGAACGUGAGGUGAAGGCUGAUAUGGAGGAGUCAGAGUUUGAUGAUAUUUUAGACGACUGGUUUAUCGAGUCCCUGAAAACGUACAAAGAUCUGUUUGUGUAUCAGCUGGAAGGUCCCUCCCGAGUCAUCGAGUGGACUUCGAGGCAGACCGUGUGUGUCGCAGGAUGCACUUCAUCUAAAAAUGAAAUUCUGGAGCUGCGUCUGCCACAAAAACUCUUCGCCACAGGAAAUAAGGGUCUCUGUGCAGAACGGGACUUCAAAGUUGUCCACGGUGGGUUCACAGACGGUCCCGUUUGCUGCCUCAGACACGUCCCAGGAACGAGGUGUGUUGUUACCAACGACGGGCGGAGCUCAGACCUGCAGGUGUGGGACCUCGGAGGAGACGACGGCGAUGUGAUCAGACGAACAGGAAGUGUGCAGGCGAGGAGGAGGAGCGUUUCAGAGAGAGGCAGCAGGAUCGCAGCUCGACUCUCGUCGCAGCCUCAAGUCCUCCACGGAGCCCAGAGCAGCGACGUCCAGCUGACCCGGCUGACCUCAGGACAGCCUCUGUACACACUCGAGACCGAGUCAGCAGAUCCUCUCAGCUCCUUAAGCUUUGUGAGUGACGCCGUCUUCCUCGCCGGCUGCUGCAACGGAAACGUUUACAUCGCUGACAUGCGGACAUCUGCUGCUCCUCAGCUUUCACCUCCACCGGCGUCUUCGGGUGAAUCUGUCCUGUGGUGGACGGACGCCUCCACAGGUUUGGACCCGUCCAGCUGCAGGAUCGUCAGGUUAUCCUCCUCUGGACAGGCGGUGAUUUCAGACCUGAGGAUCCCAGCAGCGGCUGUGAGUCGGGCCCAGCUGGACGUCCCAACACGUCACUGCAACCUGGACGACGUCCAGGUGUCCUGGUCUCCGGCGCUCGAUGGCUGCAUCGCAGUGUCAGGUUUCAGCGGAGCCGUUCAGAUCUACAACACCUCAGUGUGGGGGGCGGAGCCGCAGGAAGCUCGACCGCUGUUCGAGCAUCGCGGUCACGCAGUUUCACCGCAGUCUGCCGACGGCGUCCCCGUCUUCGUCGCCUCCCACGUCUGGCAUCCUGAGCGGCCGCGGACGCUGCUGUCCGCCGCCUCGGACGGCUCCGUCCACGUGUGGGACUGGGUCGACCGAUCGGCCGCCAUCUGCUGACGGCCCGACACCAGAAUGACGGUGAAGAUUCAGCCCACCUGAGAAGAGGAUGAAGAAAGGAAGUGAUGUCAGCGCUGAGGUCCUGCUCGCCGCAGACUGAACCGUGACGUCUGCUCUGACGCUCCUCCGUGGAUCCCAGCGCUGCCUUCAUGAAGAGACGAACUGCUGCGGAAAACACAAACUCAACUGAACCAAAGGAGUGAAACUGGUUCCUGUGCCUCAAAAAACGUCUUCAUAUCAAAAGUACAACAAAGUUUAGUUUAUGUAAGAUUACCUCGGAGAACAACAAACAACAACAACAAACUUACAGACAACACAACUGUUAACUGUUCUCAUUGAAAUAAAAUGAUAACAGAUGGA